GAGCGCCGGAGCCCAGACUCCUCACACCACAGGCAAGGCGUGGACAGUGGGAUGCUAGGUCCGGGGCGCCCCCUCGCAGGAUCAUGCGGGAACUGCAGGCGCUCUGGGGGGUUUAAAAGCCCUGCCUGAGCCCGCGCUGGUGACAGUGAGAAAGGGGAUCUGAUUGGAAAAAGUUCGCUCGGGAUUUUGAGCUGAGAAACAUAAGCAUGGCCAACAAAGCUCAACCUCCUUACCUGCAUCUGGCAGAGCUGACCGCCUCCCAGUUUCUGGACAUCUGGAAACACUUUGAUGCCGACGGCAAUGGGUACAUCGAGGGAAAAGAGCUGGAGAAUUUUUUCAAAGAACUGGAAAAUGCAAGAAGAGGAGCCGGAAUGGAUUCUCCAAAUGCCAGUUUCUCGGAAAAGAUGAAAGAAUUCAUGGCAAAAUUUGACAAGAACGCAGAUGGAAAAAUUGAGAUGUCAGAGCUGGCUCAGAUCCUCCCCACAGAAGAGAACUUCCUGCUGUGCUUCAGAGAGUUUGUGGGCUCCAGCACCGAGUUCAUGGCGGCAUGGCGGAGGUAUGACACAGACCGCAGUGGAUACAUUGAGGCCAACGAGCUCAAGGGUUUUCUCUCAGACCUGUUAAAGAAGGCCAAUAGACACUACAAUGAUCAGAAGCUGCAAGAGUACACACAGACAAUACUUAAAAUGUUUGACCUGAAUGGAGAUGGGAAGCUUGGACUGUCCGAAAUGGCCAGGCUACUACCAGUGCAAGAAAACUUCUUACUGAAGUUCCAGGGAGUCAAGUUAAACGCAGAGCAGUUCAACCAAAUAUUCACUUACUAUGACAAGGAUGGAAAUGGCUACAUUGACGAACAGGAGCUGGACGCUCUGCUCAAAGAUCUCUACGAAAAGAAUCAAAAGGAGAUGGAUAUCCAAAACCUGACCACCUACAGAAAGAGCAUCAUGUCUCUGUCAGAUGGCGGCAAGCUGUAUCGCAAGGAGCUGGAGAUAGUUCUGUGCAGGGAGCCCCUGCUGUAAUCAAAACCUUAUCCCUGACCCUUGACCCCAGACCACCUCCUACCUAGUUUUAAUACCAGGUGCAUGUGCUGGGCUCUCCUUUCAUCUGUUUUUUGAGCAAGUGUAUACUUAAAGCACAAACAACCUCCCCCCUUCCAAACUUCCUGAUUGCAGAGAGGCUGUACUCGUCUGAGACACUACAAUAAAAUUGCGUCUCGUUUCUUUAAACAUUACGCUGAUAAUGACAUUAAUGCUAAUUCUAAUAACGAUACGAAUAUAAGAUUUUGAUUGCUUGGUUUGAACUCUAUUUCCUACGUCUUCCUCAGAAUCCACUCCUCUUUCCCGUCCUUCAUUCUUCUCUCUGGCUGACCACUGAAUCACUGUUUGUUUUUCUUUUGUUUUUGGUUUCUUUCGGCAAAUACUGUUUAUUAAGGAUGUCACUGUUAACAACAAUAAAGAAACCUUAAGAUCAGA